AUGUUCUCCACGGCCACUUCAUACAAGAACCAGCAUUACUCUGAGCUGAAGAAGGAAUGUCUGGAGGACAAGAAACUGUUUGAGGAUCCAGAGUUUCCAGUUACUAAUGCAUCCCUGUUUUACAGGAAACCACCUCCUGGUAUCGUGGAGUGGAAGAGACCAAGGGUGAGUGACUGAGACCACUAAACAGAGCACUUGACUCAUUCUAAACUUUUCUGUUUGAUUUUUGAUUCACCUGAGCAGUCAUCUUUAUUUCAGGCAGAUUUGACAAAGAGAAAAAUACACUUUUGUGCUUUAUUUUUUUACAGUGAGGGAAAAAAGUAUUUGAUCCCUUGCUGAUUUUGUAAGUUUGUCCACUGACAAAGACAUGAUUAGUCUAUAAUUUUAAUGGUAGGUUUAUUUGAACAGUGAGAGACAGAAUAACAACAAAAAAAUCUAGAAAAACGCAUGUCAAAGAUGUUAUAAAUUGAUUUGCAUUUUAAUGAGGGAAAUAAGUAUUUGACCCCUCUGCAAAACAUGACUUAGUACUUGGUGGCAAAACCCUUGUUGGCAAUCACAGAGGUCAGACGUUUCUUGUAGUUGGCCACCAGAUUUGCACACAUCUCAGGAGGGAUUUUGUCCCACUCCUCUUUGCAGACCAAGUCAUUAAGGUUUCGAGGCUGACAUUUGGCAACUCGAACCUUCAGCUCCCUCCACAGAUUUUCUGUGGGAUUAAGGUCUGGAGACUGGCUAGGCCACUCCAGGACCUUAAUGUGCUUCUUCUUGAGCCACUCCUUUGUUGCCUUGGCCGUGUGUUUUGGGUCAUUGUCAUGCUGGAAUACCCAUCCACGACCCAUUUUCAAUGCCCUGGCUGAGGGAAAAUCACCCAAGAUUUGACGAUACAUGGCCCCGUCCAUCGUCCCUUUGAUGCGGUGAAGUUGUCCUGUCCGCUUAGCAGAAAAACACCCCCAAAGCAUAAUGUUUCCACCUCCAUGUUUGACGGUGGGGAUGGUGUUCUUGGGGUCAUAGGCAGCAUUCCUCCUCAACCAAACACGGCGAGUUGAGUUGAUGCCAAAGAGCUCGAUUUUGGUCUCAUCUGACCACAACACUUUCACCCAGUUCUCCUUUGAAUCAUUCAGAUGUUCAUUGGCAAACUUCAGACGGGCCUGUAUAUGUGCUUUCUUGAGCAGGGGGACCUUGCGGGCGCUGCAGGAUUUCAGUCCUUCACGGCGUAGUGUGUUACCAAUUGUUUUCUUGGUGACUAUGGUCCCAGCUGCCUUGAGAUCAUUGACAAGAUCCUCCCGUUGUCAGUGGGUGCUGUAGGUGGGUGUGGUGCAGGAAUCAGGCGCAGGACGCAGAAACUUAGUCCAAAAGACUUUAGUGAACAAUCACUUAGAACACGAGCCAAAAAAGCCCGGAGGCGAGAAAAUAUGCACACAGGCGUAAAACAAAAUGCGCACUAACAUGUGCGAGAACCCUCACUCAAACAGAGGAGGAAACAACGAAGCACAAACAACCAACAGUCGCGCAAUCACACACAACACCUGACAAGCACAACGAGAACUUAUAGGACAAUAAUUAACGCUAAACGAUAACAGGUGUACAACAUCAAGACAAAACCAAACGAACAUUGAAACAUACAACGGUGGCAGCUAGUACUCCGGAGACGACGACCGCCGAAGCCUGCCCGAGCAAGGAAGAGAGGCAGCCUCGGCCGAAACCGUGACAGUACCCACCCCCUUGACGCGCGGCUCCAGCCGUGCGCCGACCCCGGCCUCGGGGACGACCAGGAGGAUGCGGAGCAGGGCGCGUCGGGUGACUACGGUGGAAUUCUGUCAGGAGAGACGGGUCCAAAAUGUCUCUCCUCGGCACCCAGCACCGUUCCUCCGGGCCGUACCCCUCCCACUCCACGAGAUAUUGGAGACCCCCCAUCCGACGUCUCGAAUCCAAGAUGGACCGCACGGUGUACGCCGGUGCCCCCUCGAUGUCCAAUGGGGGCGGAGGAGUCUCUCUGAUCUCAUCUUCCUGGAGUGGACCAGCUACCACCGGCCUGAGAAGAGACACAUGGAACGAGGGGUUAAUACGAUAGUCACUAGGCAGUUGUAAUCUGUAACACACCUCGUUCAAUCUUCUCAGGACUUUAAACGGCCCCACAAACCGCCGACCCAGUGUCCGGCAGGGCAGGCGGAGGGGCAGGUUUCUGGUAGAGAGCCAGACUCGAUCACCAGGUGCGUACACCGGCCCCUCACUGCGGUGGAGAUCGGCGCUCGCCUUCUGACGACGGAUGGCCCGCUGCAGGUGGACGUGUGCAGCUUCCCACGUCUCCUCUGAGCGCCGCACCCACUCAUCCACCGCAGGAGCCUCGAUCUGGCUCUGCUGCCAUGGUGCCAGAACCGGCUGGUAACCUAACACACAUUGGAAAGGGGUUAGGUUAGUUGAGGAGUGGCGUAGGGAAUUCUGGGCCAUUUCUGCCCAGGGAACAUACCGUGCCCACUCCUCCGGCCGGCCCUGGCAGUAUGAUCUAAGAAACCUACCCACAUCCUGGUUCACGCGUUCCACCUGCCCAUUACUCUCUGGAUGGUAACCCGAGGUAAGGCUCACCGAGACCCCAAACGCUCCAUAAAUGCUCUCCAGACUCUGGAGGUGAACUGGGGACCUCGAUCAGACACAAUAUCCUCAGGUACCCCGUAGUGCCGGAAAACGUGGGUGAAUAGAGCUUCGGCGGUCUGUAGGGCAGUAGGAAGGCCCGGCAUAGGGAGCAAACGACAGGCCUUAGAGAACCGGUCCACAACGACCAGUAUAGUAGUAUUCCCCUGCGAGGGGGGAAGGUCAGUGAUGAAGUCCACCGAGAGGUGAGACCAUGGUCGUUGUGGAACGGGCAGGGGUUGUAACUUACCCCUAGGCAGAUGUCUAGGCGCCUUACACUGGGCGCACACCGAGCAGGAGGAGACAUAAACCCUCACAUCCCUGGCUAACGUGGGCCACCAGUACUUAGCACUAAGGCAGUGCACUGUCCGGCCAAUACCAGGAUGUCCAGAGGAGGGUGACGUGUGAGCCCAAUAUAUCAAUCGAUCCCGAACCUCGAGCGGGACGUACGUCCGACCCUCCGGGCAUUGAGGAGGACUAGGGUCGGUGCGCAACGCCCGCUCGAUUUCAGCAUCGACCUCCCACACUACCGGUGCCACCAGACAAGACUCCGGCAGUAUGGGAGUGGGCUCCACGGACCUCUCCUCCGUGUCAUACCGCCGAGACAGUGCGUCUGCCUUACCGUUCUGUGACCCAGGGAUGUACGUGAUCUUAAAUACGAACCGGGCCAAAAACAUGUUCCACCGCGCCUGGCGAGGGUUCAGUCUCCUAGCUGCCCGGAUGUACUCCAGGUUACGGUGGUCAGUCAAAAUGAGAAAAGGGUGUUGAGCCCCCUCAAGCCAAUGCCUCCACACCUUUAGGGCCUGUACCACGGCUAACAGCUCCCUGUCCCCUACGUCAUAAUUUCGCUCCGCCGGACUGAGCUUUUUGGAAUAAAAAGCACAGGGGCGGAGUUUAGGUGGCGUGCCGGACCGUUGCGAAAGCACGGCCCCUAUACCGGCCUCUGACGCGUCCACCUCUACCUGAAAUGGUAAAGCGGGAUCCGGAUGCGCCAGCACCGGAGCCGAAGUAAACAGGUCCUUCAGUCUCCCAAAAGCCCUGUCCGCCUCGGCUGACCACUGCAAACGCACCGGACCCCCCUUCAAAAGAGACGUUAUGGGAGCUGCCACCUGUCCAAAACCCCGGAUAAACCUCCGGUAGUAAUUUGCAAACCCCCAAAACUGCUGCACCUCUUUAACAGUGGUUGGAGUCUGCCAAUUACGCACGGCUGACACCCGGUCAACUUCCAUCUUCACCCCUGACGCAGACAACUGAUAACCCAAAAAGGAGAUCGACUCCUGGAAGAACAGACAUUUCUCUGCCUUGACAUACAGGUCGUGCUCCAACAGCCUCCUCAACACUCGGCGCACCAGGGCCACAUGCUCGACUCGGGUAGAUGAGUACACAAGAAUGUCAUCUAUGUACACGACCACCCCCUGCCCCUGCAUGUCCCUGAAGAUCUCAUCCACGAAUGAUUGGAAAACUGAAGGAGCGUUCAUCAACCCGUAUGGCAUGACAAGAUCCUCGUAAUGACCCGAGGUGGUACUAAACGCUGUCUUCCAUUCAUCGCCCCCUCUAAUGCGUACCAAGUUGUAAGCGCUCCUGAGAUCUAAUUUUGUGAAGAAACGCGCCCCGUGCAAUGACUCCGUCAUGGUCGCAAUCAGAGGAAGUGGAUAACUGUACUUCACCGUGAUCUGAUUGAGACUACGGUAAUCAAUGCACGGGCGUAACCCUCCAUCCUUCUUCUUCACAAAAAAUAAACUCGAGGACGCAGGGGAAGUGGAUGGCCGUAUGUAUCCUUGUCUCAGAGAUUUGUCUAUGUAAGUCUCCAUAGCUCUCUUCUCCUCUUGAGACAGAGGAUACACAUGGCUCCGUGGGAGCGCAGCUCCUGCCUGGAGGUCUAUCGCACAAUCUCCCUGCCUAUGAGGAGGUAACUGCGUCGCCCUCGACUUACUGAACACAACAGCCAAAUCCUCAUACUCGGGGGGAAUGUGCAAUGCGGGCACCUGGUUUGGACUCUCCACCGAGGUAGCCCCCACGGAAACACCUAAACAUCGCCCCACACACUGGGCAGACCACUCCAUCAGAGCCCUCUCCUGCCACGAAAUAGAUGGAUUAUGGAUACUCAACCAGGGCAUUCCCAGCACCACCGGAUACGCAGGCGAGUCGAUCAGAUAUAGUUGGAUAAUCUCCUCAUGACCCCCCUGCGUACACAUCCUAAGUGGUGCUGUGACUUCCCUGAUCAAGCCCGAUCCCAACGGACGGCUAUCUAGGGCAUGAACGGGGAAUGGGACGUCAACAGGAAGAAGGGGAAUCCCUAAUUCUAAACAAAAUUUUCUAUCAACAAAAUUCCCAGCCGCGCCUGAAUCUACUAGCGCCUUAUGCUGGGAAUGAGGUGCAACCUGUGGAAAUAGCACAGGUAUACAGAAGUGCGCAACAGAGAGCUCUGGGUAAGUGGGGCGCCUACUUACCUGGAAGGACUCCCCAGUGCGGAGCCUGCCGUCUUCUCCCCUAGGAGACCCUCCCCAGCACCUAGCCGCGGUGUGUCCUCCACGGCCACAGUUGGUGCAGGGGACGGCCCCCCUCGUGCUCCGACCCCUCCUCUCUCUAGCGCCAGCACCCCCGAGCUCCAUAGGGCUCGGCUCGGAGGUGCUGGAGGAUGGAAUGGACGGACCCUCCUCGGAACGUCCGCGGGUAGCCAGCAGGGUGUCCAGCCUGAUGGACAUGUCCACUAACUGAUCGAAAGUGAGGCUGGUAUCCCUGCAGGCCAGCUCCCGACGGACGUCCUCUCGUAGACUACAGCGGUAGUGAUCGAUGAGGGCCCGCUCAUUCCACCCUGCAUCUGCUGCUAGAGUUCGGAAUUCUAAAGCGAACUCCUGGGCGCUCCUCCUCCCCUGCCGGAGGUGGAAUAGCCGCUCUCCCGCCGCCUUCCCCUCAGGUGGAUGGUCAAACACAGCCCUGAAGCGGCGGGAGAACUCUGAGUAGGUGAUAGUGGAGGCGUCUAUUCUCCUCCACUCGGCGUUGGCCCAUUCCAACGCCUUGCCGGUGAGACAGGAGAUGAGGGCGGACACGCUCUCGUGUCCCGAGGGCGCCGUGUGUACGGUGGCCAGGUAUAGCUCCACCUGUAGAAGGAAGCCCUGACACCCGGCAGCGGUCCCAUCAUAUGCCCUCGGGAGCGAGAGCCGAAUUCCCCUGGGUUCCGGAGCUUGAAUGGGCUGACUGGCCGAUGGUGAUGGCACGGAAGGUGGAGGGGUGGGUGUACCUCUGGUCUCCCAGCGUUGAAUCGUGUUGAUCACGUCCUGAAGGGCGGUUCCGAUACGUAGGAUCUGGUCGUUCUGCUCGCGGACCCGCUCCUCCAGAGACUCAGGUGCUGCUGCGGCUCCUGCUGAUUCCAUCUUGGGUGUGUGAUUCUGUCAGUGGGUGCUGUAGGUGGGUGUGGUGCAGGAAUCAGGCGCAGGACGCAGAAACUUAGUCCAAAAGACUUUAGUGAACAAUCACUUAGAACACGAGCCAAAAAAGCCCGGAGGCGAGAAAAUACGCACACAGGCGUAAAACAAAAUGCGCACUAACAUGUGCGAGAACCCUCACUCAAACAGAGGAGGAAACAACGAAGCACAAACAACCCACAGUCGCGCAAUCACACACAACACCUGACAAGCACAACGAGAACUUAUAGGACAAUAAUUAACGCUAAACGAUAACAGGUGUAAAACAUCAAGACAAAACCAAACAAACAUCGAAAACAUACAACGGUGGCAGCUAGUACUCCGGAGACGACGACCGCCGAAGCCUGCCCGAGCAAGGAAGAGAGGCAGCCUCGGCCGAAACCGUGACACCCAUGUAGUUCUGGGCUGAUUCCUCACUGUUCUCAUGAUCAUUGCAACUCCACGAGGUGAGAUCUUGCAUGGAGCCCCAGGCCGAGGGAGAUUGACAGUUAUUUUGUGUUUCUUCCAUUUGCAAAUAAUCACACCAACUGUUGUCACCUUCUCACCAAGCUGCUUGGCGAUGGUCUUGUAGCCCAUUCCAGCCUUGUGUAGGUCUACAAUCUUGUCCCUGACAUCCUUGGAGAGCUCUUUGGUCUUGGCCAUGGUGGAGAGUUUAGAAUCUGAUUGAUUGAUUGCUUCUGUGGACAGGUGUCUUUUAUACAGGUAACAAGGUGAGAUUAGGAGCACUCCCUUUAAGAGUGUGCUCCUAAUCUCAGCUCGUUACCUGUAUAAAAGACACCUGGGAGCCAGACAACUUUCUGAUUGAGAGGGGGUCAAAUACUUAUUUCUCUCAUUAAAAUGCAAAUCAAUUUAUAACAUUUUUGACAUGCGUUUUUCUGGAUUUCUUUGUUGUUAUUCUGUCUCUCACUGUUCAAAUAAACCUACCAUUAAAAUUAUAGACAGAUAAUUUCUUUGUCAGUGGGCAAACGUACAAAAUCAGCAGGGGAUCAAAUACUUUUUUCCCUCACUGUAUAUUUGUUUAAUACCAAAAGCAGAGUCUGCAUGCAAAAACAUGAAACAGGAAAUAGAAUGUCACAAGCUUUAAUGGCUCACUGAAAUAAUUUGUAUUGCUAAUGUUUUUCCUAGUAGUUUGGGGAAAAUUGUAUUGCUUAAAACACCAAUUUAUAGUUUAAUGUUUGAUGUUAGUCAAAUUAAAGCUUAUCAGAGUGCUCUAGACUGCUGUCUGGGACCAGAUCAUGGCCUGCCUCUGGUGCAUUAUUGAAACCAAUGAUGUCAUGUUGUCACGAUCGUUGGAAACAGUGGACCAAUGCGCAGCGUUAUUUGCGAACAUACUUCUUUUUAUUUGGAAUGAACACACGAACAAAAACAACAAACGAUAACGUGACAUCCUCGGUUCUAGCACAAACCUAUACUGGAACAAGAAACCACACCAAACGAAUGCCUAACGGCUACCUAAGUAUGGCUCCCAAUCAGAGACAACGAGCUACAGCCGUCUCUGAUUGGGAGCCACCCUGGCCAACAUAGAAAUGCAAACUAGACCCACAACCUACAACACAAAACAUAGAAACUAACACCCUGGCUCAACAUAUGAGAGUCCCCAGAGCCAGGGCGUGACAGUACCCUCCCCCCCCCCCCCCCCCCCCCAAAGGCGUGGACUCCGACCGCGCCAACCAAACACAACAGGGGAGGGACCGGGUGGGCACUCCGCCUCGGCGGCGGAUCCGGAUCCGGGUAUGACCCCCACUCCCUCUCUAACCCCCCAAAGCGCCCCUGGUCCGGUCUGGCCCUGCUGGCCGGAGCUGGACUGAACACUGGUGGAGCGGAUUGCUCUAGCUCCAGAGUGGAGCAGCUGACCGGUGCCGGACCAGGCACCGGUGGAACAGGCACGGGCUGUGCCGGACUGACGACGCGCACCACAGGCUUGGUGCGGGGAGCAGGGACGGGCCGGACCGGGCUGAUGACGCGCACCAUUGGCUUGGUGCGGGGAGCAGGAACAGGCCGGGCCGGGCUGGCGACGCGCACCAUAGGCUUGGUGCGGGGAGCAGGGACGGGCCGGACCGGGCUGACGACGCGCACCAUUGGCUUGGUGCGGGGAGCAGGGACGGGCCGAACCGGGCUGGCGACGCGCACCAUUGGCUUGGUGCGGGGAGCAGGAACAGGCCGGGCCGGGCUGGCGACGCGCACCAUAGGCUUGGUGCGGGGAGCAGGAACAGGCCGGGCCGGGCUGGCGACGCGCACCAUUGGCUUGGUGCGUUGAGCAGGAGCAGGCCGGGCCGGGCUGGCGACGCGCACCAUUGGCUUGGUGCGGGGAGCAGGAACAGGCCGGGCCGGGCUGGCGACGCGCACCAUUGGCUUGGUGCGGGGAGCAGGAACAGGCCGGGCCGGGCUGGCGACGCGCACCAUUGGCUUGGUGCGGGGAGCAGGAACAGGCCGGACCGGGCUGACGAAGCGCACCACUGGCUUGGUGCGGGGAGCAAGAACGGGCCGGACCGGGCUGACGAAGCGCACCACUGGCCCUACGCGGGGAUCAGGAACGGGCCGGACCGGACUGGCAACACACCCCAGUACCUCUCGCCGUGCCUCUACAUCCUCCUUCCCCCUGGUGACCAGUGACUCCCGUAACCUGGCGGCCUCCUGCUGCCCCGUCGUCCACGGCGUGAGCCCCCCCCUAAAAAUGUUCUGGGCGUCUCUCCUCCCCGUGGGCCAGGCCUCUAUAGCUCUCGCCAGACUUUCGCCCUUCUGCUUCCAAGUCCAGCCUCUCUCCUCCUCACACGGCUUGACCCAGUCGAGGUGGCAAAGGAGAUCCGCUAGAGAUUCCCCUGGUGAUGGCUCCUGGACACGCUGCUUGGUCCAGUUUUGGUGGUUUCUUCUGUCACGAUCGUUGGAAACAGUGGACCAAUGCACAGCGUUAUUUGCGAACAUACUUAUUUUUAUUUGGAAUGAACACACGAACAAAAACAACAAACGAUAACGUGACGUCCUCGGUUCUAGCACAAACCUAUACUGGAACAAGAAACCACACCAAACGAAUGCCUAACGGCUACCUAAGUAUGGCUCCCAAUCAGAGACAACGAGCUACAGCCGUCUCUGAUUGGGAGCCACCCUGGCCAACAUAGAAAUGCAAACUAGACCCACAACCUACAACACAAAACAUAGAAACUAACACCCUGGCUCAACAUACGAGAGUCCCCAGAGCCAGGGCGUGACACAUGUCUAUGAUUGAAUUUUCAUAUGUUCUGGCUUUUACAAGACUUUUACAAGACCUCUUGCAUUAUAUGACUGUGUUAUAUUUAGCCAUAUAAAGGUAUUGUGAAAGGUGUUUUUUGCUCAUAUAAUAUUUUGUGAUGGAGUACUUCAAAGGUUAAUUCCUUUUGAGUGGUUGUCUCUGAGGAUUGUGUUAAAAGUUGUCUAUAAGGAACAACAACGCUGGCCUGGGCCAUGUAUGUCAUGGUGAAUGUCAUCCACAAUGGUCAUGGUGGUGACAAACAUCAAACUGUGGUGUGAAAUUGGGGUGAGGGUGUUACUGGAAAUGGUCUCGAAGUGUGUACUUUACAUAGUGUGUGAGAUAUACAGUAUAUGACAGAACAUGUGUGUUAUGAUGAGUUUCUCGGGUAUCAAGUAAUUAAGGAUGUAAGAAUAUACUUAGACAACUCUGUGGAAAGUUAAUACAAAGGUUUAAUAGUCGGUACCAGGUUUGUUAUAACAAAAGGCAUGUGCUUCGCCUCUAGCUAUUCCGAACUACUGAACAAAGAAAAUAUCUCAGCUUAUAUAGCUUAGAUUACACGUUUCUUCAAGAACAUCUGGCAACCCUCAAUGGGCACUCCCUUCUUUGAUGUUAUUACCUUGUACCCCAAGUCAGUAUAUCAUGUCCAUCAAUCAUUCUAAGAUCAACCUCAGUAAUCUCCCUCGACAUAAUGGAAUCCCUUGGUACUCCGACUGUGCGGCGCUCAGAAUCGCUUAUCUACUAAAUUCAACCUGGUUCCCACCACACUAUGAAAACAUCAUAACAAUGUGUUGUAUCACUGCCAUUCUGUUCAGAUGUGGGAGACAGAGUUAAAGUAUUCCUGUUUAAUGUAUUCCUGUAUCUGUGCUUUAUAUGGCAUAUUGCUCAAGAGCUCAAGUGACAAGAAGAGAAAAUACAUUUUCUUAUUUAUCACAAAAGUACAACACCUCAAGAGAGUUCCAACUCAUUUUAAACGAAAACAUGCUCUAAGCCAGAACUAUUUGACAAGGAUUUGUGACUAUUGUUACAAGCAUAAUGUAUCACUGAGCACAUUCUAAGAAGUAAUUGCAUUUUCUGAAUCCUCUCGUUGGUACAGGAAAUCAGCAAUGAGCCUCAUCUGUUUGUGGAGGGCAUCAGCUCCCAUGACCUGAACCAAGGCCUUGUGGGUAACUGCUGGUUUGUGGCGGCAUGCUCCUGCUUGGCACUGAAACCAGACCUCUGGCAGAAGGUGAGUUUGGUUUCCUCCUGUCUGGUCACAGUCUGAGAUGAGUGUCGCAAGAGAGGACUGUAUGUGUAUUUCCGUGUGUAUCAGUUUCCUUUAGUCCCUUUAUGGGUAUAUACAUGGUGCUGUUUGGGAAGGAACACAUACAUAAUGAAUGUGAAGUAUGUGGGUGGAUAUCUAUGUCAUUCCAUACUGUUGAUACCUGACUCAAGAUUUACGUAACUUUCACCUGAGGGGCUUUUACUGUCAUUGAAUGGAAAAGAGUGUAAUCUUUCCUUCUUAAAUUACCCUACUACCCCUCAGCAACAUUCAUAUUUUCCUUCAAUUCAAAUGAACCUGGCAAGGAAAAUAAGUACUCGCCAAUAUUCCCGCCCAAGUUGAAAACUAUUAACAUUUGACUAGACAUGUGGUUCACUGUGAAGCCCUGUGUGUUGACAGGUCAUCCCUGACUGGAAGGAGCAGGAGUGGGACUCCAAGCACCCUGAGAACUAUGCUGGUAUCUUCCACUUCCAGUUCUGGGUGUUUGGGGAGUGGGUUGAUGUGGUGGUGGAUGACCGCCUGCCCACCAUCAACGGAGAGCUCAUCUACUGCCACUCCAAACUCAACAACGAGUUCUGGAGUGCCCUGCUUGAAAAAGCCUAUGCCAAGUCAGUAUACUCUAAACAUUACUCAAUCCUCCUUUCAACUCCCUUUUUUUGCCCUCUGACCUCUCUGUAUCCUCUUCUGACUCUUCUCUCUCUCCUCUUGUCUCCAGGCUCUCUGGCUGUUAUGAGUCUCUGGACGGGGGCAACACUGGGGAUGCGGUUGUUGAUUUCAGUGGAGCCGUGGCAGAGGCCAUUAACCUGGAGGCUGAAGUUUUCCACAAAGACCAGGAGAAAAUGGACAACCUGUUUGAGGACUUGCUCAAAGUCUACGACAGGGGUGGAAUCAUCAGCUGCUCCAUCAAGGUCUGUCUUCUCAAUUGAUCAUUUUCAAUUGGUCAGCACACUGUAUAUAGUCACAGGUAAUUGUCACAGGGACACAACCCACUGGACAAACACUGAUUUAAAUCAGUGUUGUUUCAACGUAAUUUGUCAACGUAUUGUGAUGUGGAAUCAACGUGGAUAAUACAUUGGAUUUGAAAAAUGUCAUCAACCAGUACAGUUUUCAUCUCAUUUCAACCAGCGUUGUAAACAUUGAACUUAAGGUAAAACUUCAACUUAAAUACAUUGACUUUACCUGAAAAAGUGUAUUAUUAAUAUAAUGAAUUAGGCAUUAUAUUUAUAGGGCUAAUGGUAACUACUACUAAACUUCCAAAGCUCCAAUCAACCAUGGAUGAAUGAUUGCAUACCUAGCUACAAGUUGAAAAAAUUGUGUCCUUUGUUGGGCAAAUCAGAUGUCAAUAUAGUAUUUGUAAACCCAACCUCACUCCGAAUUUACUGUUAACUGAACAAACAAAAAAUUGUUGGCCCAAACUUAGCUCCAACUUGAGAAAACGUUGGCAAAGAAAUUCUGUCAAUUUAAAAUUAUGUGUUUGCUCAACUUGUCUAAUAUGUUCAUUCAACUAUAAAUCAUUAUUUGGGCAUCUUAACUUUUAAAAAAAGUAUGCGCAACUGGUUACACACACAGUGCUUUUAAUAUACAAUAUUUUCUACUUACAUUUUUGACAAACAUGAUUAUAUUGUGCAUGUUCAUUUAUACAGCAUUAUUAUUCAUCAUGUCCUCACCUGGGAGCUGAACUCACAACCUCUUGAUUUAUGGCGUUCUGAUUUUAGGUUUUUCUGUGUAAUUGUCUAAUGUUGGUGUGGCAUAUUACUAUGUUUUAAUGUUACUCCUCAAUCACUAUGAUUAAUAAAAGUGUUUUUCUUGAAGGUACUUUUAACAGAGCUGAGAUUUACUUUGAAGUGCAAAUUGUAACAAUACAGGUGAAGUCAGUUACUGACACAGACAUGGUGGCAUAGCAGAAAUAUUGUAAUGCUGUGAAAGGGAAAGAGAAAGGGAAAGGGUGAUACCUAGUCCGUUGUACAACUGAAUGCAUUUAACUGAAAUGUGUCUUCCACAUUUAACCCAACCCAACUGAAUCAGAGAGGUUGUGAGUUCAAAUCCCAGGUGAGGACAUGUUGAAUAUGAAUUACUGUAUAAAUGCACAAUGUAUGUCAAAUAAACUAUUAAUUGGGCAUCUUAUUAAAAAAGGCUGUGGAUCAAGGUACACACAUUGCUUUUAAAGCAGUGUGUGUACCUAGUUCCACAGCCUAUUUUUUAGGUAAGAUGCCAAAAUAAUAAUUUAUAUUGAAUGAACAUAAGAGACUAUUUGAGCAAACACGUCAUUUUAAGUUGACUGAAUUUUUGCCUACGUUGUCUCAUGUUGGAGCUAAGUUUGGGCCAACUAAAAAUGUUAAGUUCAGGUAACACUUUGACCAAAAGGUUGAGUAAACCCCAAAAAAUGUCUGUGCAACCAGUUACUUAAUAAAAUUUAGAUGAAACAACUAGAUUUAUUUUUACAGUGUAUGGAAGCUGAUCAAUGUCUAAAUGGAUUGACAUGAUAGCUCAGCUGAAAUGAGCAUAGAUUGUUUCCAAAGCUAAGCAGGGUACAUAGAAGUAGGCAUCUGGAUAGUAGACUUGUUCUCACUUUAACUGCAUUACCCCUCAUAUACCAGUAGGAGUCACUGUUCAAGUAGAAAUAGUUGAACUGUGGCUUCUCAUUUUAUUUCAAUAUACCUCUUUAUUUACAGUGCCUUGCAAAAGUACUCAUCCCCCUUGGCGUUUUUCCUAUUUUGUUGCAUUACAUCCUGCAAUUUAAAUUGAUUUUUAUUUGGAUUUCAUGUAAUGGACAUACACAAAAUAGUCAAAUUGGUGAAGUGAAAUGAAAAAAAUAACUUGUUUCAAAGAAUUAUACAAAAUAAAUAACGGAAAAGUGAUGCGUGCAUAUGUAUUCACCCCCUUUGCUAUGAAGCCCCUAAAUAAGAUCUGGUGCAACCAAUUACCUUCAGAAGUCACAUAAUUAGUUAAAUAAAGUCCACCUGUGCAAUCUAAGUGUCACAUGAUCUGUCAGAUGGUCUCAGUAUAUAUACACACCUGUUCUGAAAGGCCCCAGAGUCUGCAACACCACUAAGCAAGGGAGCACCACCAAGCAAGUGGCACCAUGAAGACCAAGGAGCUCUCCAAACAGGCCAGGGACAGAGUUGUGGAGAAGUACAGAUCAGGGUUGGGUUAUAAAAAAAUAUCAGAAACUUUGAACAUCCCACGGAGCACCAUUAAAUCCACCAUUAAAUGGCACCACAACAAACCUGCCAAGAGGGGGCCGCCCACUAAAACUCAAGGACCAGGCAAGGAGGGCAUUAAUCAGAGAGGCAACAAAGAGACCAAAGAUAACCCUGAAGGAGCUGCAAAGCUCCACAGUGGAGAUUGGAGUAUAUGUCCAUAGGACCACUUUAAGCCAUACACUCCACAGAGCUGGUCUUUACGGAAGUGUGGCCAGAAAAAAGCCAUUGCUUAAAGAAAAAAAUAAGCAAACACUUUUGGUGUUCGCCAAAAGCCAUGUGGGAGACUCCGCAAACAUAUGGAAGAAGGUACUCUGGUCAGAUGAGACUAGAAUUGAGCUUUUUGGCCAUCAAGGAAAACGUUAUGUCUGGCGCAAACCCAAUACCUCUCAUCACCCCGAGAACACCAUCCCCACAGUGAAGCAUGGUGGUGGCAUCAUCAUGCUGUGGGGAUGGUUUUCAUCGGCAGGGACUGGGAAACUGAUCAGAAUUGAAGGAAUGAUGGAUGGCGCUAAAUACAGGGAAAUUCUUGAGGGAAACCUGUUUCAGUCUUCCAGAGAUUUGAGACUGGGACGGAGGUUCACCUUCCAGCAGGACAAUGACCCUAAGUAUAUUGCUAAAGCAACAGUCGAGUGGUUUAAGGGGAAACAUUUAAAUGUGUUGGAACGGCCUAGUCAAAGCCCAGACCUCAAUCCAAUUUUUUAAUCUGUGGUAUGACUUAAAGACUGCUGUACACCAGCGGAACCCAUCCAACUUGAAGGAGCUGGAGCAGUUUUGUCUUGAAGAAUGGGCAAAAAUCCCAGUGGCUAGAUUUGCCAAGCUUAUAGAGACAUACCCCAAGAGACUUGCAGCUGUAAUUGCUGCAAAAGGUGGCUCUAGAAAGUAUUGACUUUGGGGGGGUGAAUAGUUAUGCAUGCUCAAGUUUUCUGUUUUUUUGUCUUAUUUCUUGUUUGUUUCACAAUAAAAAAUAUUUUGCAUCUUCAAAGUGGUAGGCAUGUUGUGUAAAUCAAAUGAUACAAACCCCCCCAAAAUUAAUUUUAAUUCCAGGUUGUAAGGCAACAAAAUAAGAAAAAUGCCAAGGGGGGUGAAUACUUUCGCAAGCCACUGUAGGUUGAUAGCAUGAUGUUGAAACAAUGAAGUUGAUUCAAACAUAUAAUUUUACUAUCAACAUUGAAACAAGGUCAAAUUAAAUGUGUCUAAUCAAAUAAAAAUUAAACAUAAUUUCAACCAUUUCUAUGUGGAAUUUUCAAUGCAAUUUUAACUUAUACAUAGUUCUGAUAAUUAUGUUGAAAUUAGAUUGCUGUAACAAUCAGUUAGUCAGGUUACGUAGAAGUUUUACCCUAAUUUCAAUGUUUACAAGGCUGGUUGAAUUACCUUUUUUUAAAUCCAAUGUAUUUUCCACGUUGAUUUCAUGUCACAAAUCGUUGACAAAUUAUGCUGAAACAACAUUUAUUCAACCAGUGUGUGCCCAGUGGGAAGUGACUGACUUAUGUGUUUGUCACUCUCUUAGGCGUCUCCUUCUGAAAGCGAGGCUUGGAUGGCGUGUGGGCUAGUGAAGGGCCAUGCCUACUCAGUGACUGCAGUGAAGAAGGUACGGUUGGGCCACGAUCUGAUGGCCUACUUCCAGAACAAGUCCAUCCCCCUGAUCCGCAUGAGAAACCCGUGGGGAAAAACAGAGUGGAACAGAGCCUGGAGUGACAGGUGUGGAGGACAUUGAGCCUUUAUCCUCCCCUCUCACGUACUGAUCAACCUCUCCACACUUCAGUGCACAAGUGACCUCAUCAACUCAUCUCAUUCUCCCUCUAUUUCCUGUUGCCCCUCCCCCUCUCUCACUUCAGUUCAGCAGAAUGGGAAAAGGUUGGCAGCAUGGAGAGGGAUAAGCUUGGCAUCACAGUAGAAAACGAUGGGGAGUUCUGGUGAGUGUAAACAAAACAAUUAAAGACUAUUACCUCUUCUGUUCAGUGCGUGAGAUAGUGUUUUAUCUACUGUAAAACUGAAAUUAAUAGCCCGGGGAGUUUAUUUGCUUAAAUCACGGAACACAACAGGCGCUUAUUACAGACAGGCUUCUAUUUCAGCCAGGCUGAAGCACACAGCUUUUGCUCAUUUGCAUAGUUAAUUGUUUAAUUCCAGCAUUCACUUCUAGCAUUUUAAUCAAUUUCUUCAUUUCCUGCACUAAUGUGUUAUCAUUUACACACUGUGUCACAUUUCUUGAAGAAAUAUAUAUUUUCCUUAAUAAUUAUUCUCCUUUGACUGUGAUUUUUCAGCAGUUCUUACUUUUGUCACUAAAGGGCGAUUGGUCUGGGGGUCUGUACUCCUGAAGUUGUUGACUGUUUUUGUGCUUGUUUUUGUGCUGUUUUUGCUUUCUGUCUUUUCCACAAGGUGACGAUAUUUCCAGGGAGGUCAAUGAGAGAGUGUCGAAUUUGGUUAACAAAAAAUGUUGUGGCUUAUUUGCUACAUGUGGCUUAUUUGCUACAUGUGGCUUAUUUGAUCUAAUAUAAGUUUUGUAAUGCUUAGGUUGUUAUGAGUGUACUGAUAUACAGUGAGGGAAAAAAGUAUUUGAUCCCCUGCUGAUAUUGUACGUUUGCCCACUGACAAAGACAUGAUCAGUCUAUAAUUUUAAUGGUAGGUUUAUUUGAACAGUGAGAGACAGAAUAACUACAAAAUAAUCCAGAAAAACGCAUGUCAAAAAUUGUAUGAAUUGAUUUGCAUUUUAAUGAGGGAAAUAAGUAUUUGACCCCUCUGCAAAACAUGACUUAGUACUUGGUGGCAAAACCCUUGUUGGCAAUCACAGAGGUCAGACGUUUCUUGUAGUUGGCCACCAGAUUUGUACACAUCUCAGGAGGGAUUUUGUCCCACUCCUCUUUGCAGACCAAGUCAUUAAGGUUUCGAGGCUGACGUUUGGCAACUCGAACCUUCAGCUCCCCCCACAGAUUUUCUAUGGGAUUAAGGUCUGGAGAAUGGCUAGGCCACUCCAGGACCUUAAUGUGCUUCUUCUUGAGCCACUCGUUUGUUGCCUUGGCCGUGUGUUUUGGGUCAUUGUCAUGCUGGAAUACCCAUCCACGACCCAUUUCCAAUGCCCUGGCUGAGGGAAGGAGGUUCUCACCCAAGAUAUGAUGGUACAUGGCCCAGUCCAUCGUCCCUUUGAUGCGGUAAAGUUGUCCUGUCCCUUUAGCAGAAAUACACCCCCAAAGCAUAAUGUUUCCACCUCCAUGUGGAUGGUGUUCUUGGGGUCAUAGGCAGCAUUCCUCCUCCUCCAAACACGGCGAGUUGAGUUGAUGCCAAAGAGCUCGAUUUUGGUCUAAUCUGACCACAACACUUUCACACAGUUCUCCUCUGAAUCAUUCAGAUGUUCAUUGGCAAACUUCAGACGGGCCUAUAUAUGUGCUUUCUUCAGCAGGGGGGCCUUGUGGAUUUCAGUCCUUCACGGCGUAAUGUGUUACCAAUUGUUUUCUUGGUGACUAUGGUCCCAGCUGCCUUGAGAUCAUUGACAAGAUCCUCCCGUGUAGUUCUGGGCUGAUUCCUCACCGUUCUCAAGAUCAUUGCAACUCCACGAGGUGAGAUCUUGCAUGGAGCCCCAGGCCGAGGGAGAUUGACAGUUAUUUUGUGUUUCUUCCAUUUGCGAAUAAUCGCACCAACUGUUGUCACCUUCUCACCAAGCUGCUUGGCGAUGGUCUUGUUGCCCAUUCCAGCCUUGUGUAGGUGUACAGAGUGUGCUCCUAAUCUCAGCUCGUUACCUGUAUAAAAGACACCUGGGAGCCAGAAAUCUUUCUGAUUGAGAGGGGGUCAAAUACUUAUAUCCCUCAAUAAAAUGCAAAUCAAUUUAUAACAUUUUUGACAUGCGUUUUUCUGGAUUUCUUUGUUGUUAUUCUGUCUCUCACUGUUCAAAUAAACCUACCAUUAAAAUUAUAGACAGAUAAUUUCUUUGUCAGUGGGCAAACGUACAAAAUCAGCAGGGGAUCAAAUACUUUUUUCCCUCACUGUAAGUAGGACACGUGACAUCUCGACAACUUUGAGAUAAAACACUUUAUAUCGGAGUUGUGCCUGAUGUUCACUAGCCUCUGCCGAAUCCCCAACAACGGGAUGUUCCGGUUUUCAGGGGAAAUGGAAAGAGGGAAUGUGACACAUGAUUUCCACCUUGAAACGUUAACAAGGCGACACUCCAUUUUAUCUCCUCCUCCACAUUUACUGGAUUGGUUGAAUAGUGCUGAACAGAACCUCUUCUUGUCAAGACCAGUAUGUAGGAGAUCUAGUUUCAGGUGUUUCUUUUACGCCUGCUACGUUAGGUUAGUUGUUCACACACGUACUGUAUCUGCCCUCUCAUUGGCUAGAAUGGUCCCACCAGAUCUUGACUCCUCCCGACUGCCUUCCAUUUUUGAAGACAUUUAUUUUAAUUGUUAGAGCGUCUACUUGAGUAUCUGGUCAAUAUAAUGGAUAAUCUGUGUAAAAACAGAUGAUUUCCAUACUUGUUUUGAUUAAUCACUGAAUUAUUUAUUUAGACCCAGCGUUUAUUUGAAACAGGUGUUUAUUUGCUGAAUUGUGUGCCAUUGCCCGGCUAUCAAAAGGGACAGGCGGCUAUUUGAGACUCAGCGUUUAAUUGAGGUUUUAUGGUAUCUACCAAUCUUAAUUUGUGCCUCUAUGUGUUAUCUCCAUAGGAUGGCAUUUACAGACUGGUGUAAGUACUUCACGGACGCAGACGUGUGUCAUCUCAUCAACACCUCUCUGCUCACCAUCCACAAGACAUGGCACGAAGUGAUGCAUUUCGGGAGUUGGACCAAGCAUUCAGACCCCCUGCACAACCGCUGUGGAGGCUGCAUGAACCACAAACAUACCUUCCUACAGAACCCACAGUACCUGUUUGACAUGACCAAGGAGGUGGACGAGGUUCUGAUCUCCCUACAGCAGAGAGACAUGAAGAUCCACAGACGUAUCGGCCAGGGAGAGAACCUCACCAUCGGCUUCGCCAUCUUCAAG